AUGGGGUUGUUUGGGGAGUUAAGAUCAGGACCAGUGUCUGUGCAGAGGUCAGAGCCUGGCGUAGAGGACCAGGCAGGGGCUGAUGAGGACAGACACCGAACAGGCCAGAGGGCCUAUGGGCUGGUGCAGGUGGCUGGCUACAGGAGAGACGCGCAAGGAGCCUCUGGGACAGGAAGGCGGCUGGUGGCACUGUGGUCACAGUGGGCUGGGAGUCUAGGGGCUCCGGUGGCCCUAGGGACCCCAAUGGCCAUGGCUGAGCAGCCCCGGCCCGAGUGGGCCUUGUGUCACAGCCCCAGCACCAACAACUGCCAGGACCUGGGCAACUCCAUCCUGUUGCUACUGGGCCUCAUCAUCUGCGUUAACUUUGGCAUCAAUACGGUCUGGCACGGAUUCCGUGGCUUCUUACACCACGAGUUUCGUAUUAUUUGUGAGAAAGAAGCUUCUAAGUUAUGCUCACCUGGGAAGCAGACCCAGCCCCCGAAGCAGAGCGCCCCUGCAGUCCGCCUUCGGUGCACCAUGGACCCUGUGAAAAUGACUGUGUCCCCCCCACCCACUCGCCGCCGUCGCCGUCGAGACUCUUCAGCAUGCCGCGCCCACCGCCCUACAGCCUGGGCCCCUGACACUGACAGUGAUGACGAGAAGCCCCCGCGUCAGCAGACAACAAUCUGCUCCCACAACUGGGAUUGCCCCAGGGACUGGGAAGGCCUUCAGUCCACCCAGAGGUUCUGGACUCCCUGGGCCCAGGAUGCUGUGGAGCCGCCUACCCAGACCAUCCGCUUCCAGCAAACUGUAGAGGGAAGGCCGCUCAAAAGAGAGAUGCAGUCAGAGCUGGGCCUAGAGGCCUACGUGUACCCUGUGAACCCCCCGCCCCACAGCCCUCAGGCCCUGAGCCACAGGAACAGUGGAGGGGGGCCCCAGGCAGAACAGGGGCAGUGCUCGCCAGCCCAGCCACCCAUCCUGGGCCCGGCCCACGUCCCAGACAUCCCCCGGCGCCACUCCUCAGGGCGCGUAGCCUAUAAUGCCAGAGACUUGAGGCGGCGGCUGCGGGAGCUGACCAGGGAGUUGGAGGCCCUGUCCCACUGUUACCCCCUGGCCUCUGGAUCCAGCACGGCUGAGGGGACGGGAAAGGCCUGGGUAUACCGUUCCCUGACAGAGAAGUGACUGGGAGAAGAAUAAAAAGAAGAGAGGAGGUGGUUUGUUGUGGUGUGGGGGGUGCCAGGGCCCACACAGCACCCAGAAGCCUGGUUGCUAAGGAAAUGAUCUCCCUGGCAACAGGGCCUAGAGAGCCCUGAGGACCCUCAUCAACCUCUUGGCCUCACCAGGCCCUGUCCUCAGCCCUUUCCCAAGCCCUUCUUGGUUCCAAGGCUCCCACCUGCCUCUACUCUGUUCUUUAGUGCCCAGGGAAGCCCCCCAAAUCCCAUUCCAGAUCCCCAGGCAGUACUGCACUUGAGUGGAGACCCUCAUCCCCAUGGCCUCAGUCUCUCAGAGGUCCGGCUCCUACCAGAGCCCAGGUUUAGGCUGCAACUACAGGUGAGGUGUGGUCCCUCUGAAGCCCUGGUUUCUUUGGGGAGGGAUGGCUGAGAGUGAGGGUACCCAGGCCCUCACAGUUCCCCAGUCAGAACCCGAAGCUCCUGUACACUCAAGAAGGCUUGGAGCGGAGGAUAAAAUAUUGAGGACACUCGCAAGGGCUGCCUCCACACAGCCCUCUGUGACCUCACUCCUCUGAUUAGCACUUCCAUGUCACAAAUGAGGAGACUGAGGCUCAGAGACACCAAGUGACUUAUUCGUGGUCACACGGACACCAAGGAUCAACCUCAUGGUCUCAGACACUCCGUCCCCCUGCUCCCACAGGUAGAUUCCCAUUGCUACUGAGUCAGCCUGGCCCAUCAGAGUCUCCUCCCACCUUCCUCAGUUUCCCAUGUAAACUCAUCAGAAUAUUGCAUCCACUGGACAGCAGGGAAACCCAGGCCCUACCUACUUCUAGACGGUUGGGAUCACACACACGCACACAACUUGGGAACAAGGAGCCAGGUCGAAGGGACUAGACCUCACCUUCCAUACCAGAUGGGUUCCUGGAAUGUGAACAGAUAGGCCUUUUAUGAAUCACCCUGCUUCUCUGUUCAUUUUCAUUUGACUAACGUUAUUGAUCAUUUUAAGCUGAUUCCAUUAAGUGGGUCUAUAUUGAGCACCUGCUAUGUGUUUGGAGUCUUGAUGGAAAAUGCCCACUGGCUGUUUCUAUUUCUUUCUUUCUUUUUUUUCUUUUUGACCAUGCAGUGUGGUUUGCAGGAUCUUAGUUCGCCAACUAGGGAUUGAACUGGGGCCCUCAGCAAUGAAAGCACGGAGUCCUAAUCACUGGACCUCCCGGGAACUCCCUGUUCCUCUAUAUCUGUUGAGAUGUUCAUUGUGCAAACAAAAUGACUUGAGGUUCCCCCGGUACCACUUUCACAGACCCCAGCAAUGAACCCGGUUUAUAAUAGUAGAUUCCUUUUGUCAUAUCAACAAUUACAUCUAUUUUGUGCUUUGUGA